CCCAAAACUUUUUGACAGCGCCCGCGCGCGAAAAUCAACGUUGUCGUCUGCUCACGUGAAUGCAUGUCCAAAUUCUCGCAGUUUGUUGUCAUUUUUGACAGCUUCGAAUAUCAUUAUUACCGUUCAUGCAUGCAUAAAUGUUCAUAGCAACUUAUCAAGAAAUAACUGUACUAUUUGUCCGUGAACAUUUCACCCGCAGUAUAGAUUCUUGAAUUUCGUCAAGGCAGGGGUUUGUGACAGAAGACAUGACCAGCAGCAGAGUGUUGGUUGAAAACUCGCCAUUCCAUCUCGUACCAUGCUCUCCGUACAUUGGGACAACCAUCUCAACCAAAUCACCAGCAGUCAGAGCUGUGCCAGAGGUUGCAGAAACAGCAGUCCCAUCUGUGGCUGACAGUCCAAGAUCUACUGCAGGUCAAGAUGUUCCCCAAACACCUGUUUCUCAUCACAUCAGUGGACUAUCAAACCAGCAGAAUCAGAGGAUUAUAUCACCCGCGCAUAAUGCACAUAGAGCAGCCACACCAGAGCAAGAAGUUCCCAAGACACCCACUCCGACUGAUUCUUCAGAAAGGAAGAAAAGAUCCACUCUCAUUCUGAAGAUAAAGACCUCCACCAUCACGCCUCCAGCAAGGAGAGAUGACGCCAAGGAAAUCAAUCUUUUCCAUGGUGAUGAUGAUGAUAUUUUCCAUGGUGAUAAUGAUGAUAUUUUUGAUUAAAGCUUUUGCACAUCAGUUUCUUUGACUUUUCACAAUUCUGUGUGAUUUUAUCUGUUCCCGAUUAUGACUUCAAUCGAAUGGAAAAUCGUAAAAGUUAGAGGGACCGUUUCAAGUUGUAGAAUCUUUCAUGAAGGAAGCUUAUAAUCCAGUGUUUAGUGAGAAAACAAAUUGACCGAAAUGUAGAUUUUUUAUGAUGAUCAAAUUGUGUGAUUUUGCAAUAAAAAAGUUUAAGCCAACUAGUUUAAAAGGCGAGAAGUUUAUAUCGCAUAUGAAUAAGUUAAUGAUGUGAUAUUACCAAAGUGCUUAUAAACUAUACGAUGUAACGCACAGAUUCCACAGAAUGUGAGGUACUUACAUUUACUCUAGAGAUGGUGAAGACCUGAGAGAUGGCGUUGCCACUUCGUUUGUGAAAUACUUCGCAAAGUUCGAGUGAAGAACUCAUAUUAAUUGUCAGUCUUGGUUUAGAUCUUGUAAUUAAAGAGACACAAAGUUUUAACUUAAA